UAAAAAAAAAAAAAUCUCGUCUUUCUUAUACAUUGCUAGGGUUUUACUAUAUAAACAUACAUUCCUGCCGCCGUUUGAGCCUCUGAGAGAGAAGCUGCAAACGCUGGUCGACAUUUCUCCUUUCUUCGUUUUCAUUCCUUAAGGUAAGUUAUGGUGAAGCAUAAUAAUGUUAUCCCAAAUGGACACUUCAAGAAGCAUUGGCAGAACUAUGUGAGGACCUGGUUUAAUCAGCCAGCUCGUAAAACAAGAAGAAGAACUGCUAGACAAAAGAAGGCUGUGAAGAUUUUCCCUAGACCUACUGCUGGUUCCCUCCGUCCUAUAGUUCAUGGUCAGACAUUGAAGUACAACAUGAAACUAAGGCAAGGAAGAGGAUUUUCUCUUGAGGAACUUAAGGCAGCUGGUGUUCCUGCAAAGCUUGCUCCAACCAUUGGCAUAUCUGUUGAUCACCGUCGCAGAAACCGCUCUCUGGAAUCUCUCCAGGCUAAUGUUCAGAGGCUGAAAACUUACAAGGCCAAGUUGGUUGUUUUCCCAAGGAGAUCUGGAAAAUCCAAGGCUGGUGACUCUACUCCUGAGGAGUUGGCCACAGCCACUCAAGUCCAAGGUUCUUACUUGGCUAUCACACGUGAAAAGCCAACUGUGGAGUUCGUUAAGGUGACUGAUGAGAUGAAAUCAUUCAAGGCGUUUGAUAAGCUGAGACUCGAGAGGACGAACAAACGUCAUCUUGGUGCUAGGUUGAAGAGAGCUGCCGAGGCUGAGAAAGAAGAGAAGAAGUAAGAAUCCAUAUCUAUUAGACAAAUUUCCGCAAUUGGUCUACUUUUGGGAGUUGUGAUUUUGCUUGUUAGACAAAGUUUACUUUAUUGGUACAUUCAGUUUCAACAAAUACUUUCAAACUAUUUAUGUUUAAUUUUACUUUUAUCUAAGACAUGGUUG